AUGCAGAACAAGCUGGAACUCAUACGGAUGGAUGGAAACGUGGAUCAGUCCAUCAUUGCCUCCAGCUUGGGCAAUAGUAGCUGCAGGAGGAUCCAAGGGAAGGCGGCCCCAGCAUCAGGAGGCCUGGCUGCUGUCCCUCCCGCUGUAGUGAACUUGCAGAUGAGCAGCAACGCAGGAAACAUGGUGGAAUGGUGCUUACCUCAGGAUAUUGAUCUUGAAGGUGUUGAGUUCAAGUCUAUGGCCAGUGGAUCCCAUAAAAUUCAGUCUGAUUUUAUCUAUUUCCGAAAGGGGCCCUUCUUCGGCUUGGCCUGCUUCGCCAACAUGCCGGUGGAAAGCGAGCUGGAGCGAGGCGCACGGAUGAAGUCUGUGGGCAUCCUGUCGCCUUCCUACACGCUGCUCUACCGCUACAUGCACUUCCUGGAGAACCAGGUCCGACACCAGCUGGAGAUGCCGGGACAUUACUCUCAUCUGGCUGCAUUCUACGAGGACAAGAAAGGGGUGCUCCAUGCUGGUCCUGGAAGGGGCAGCAGCCUGCCCCCUGUCUACUGGCUGCCUUCCAUACACCGAUACAUGUAUCCUGAGAUGAAGAUCACACACCCAGCUGGCUGCAUGUCUCAGUUUAUUAAGUUCUUUGGAGAACAGAUCCUCAUCCUCUGGAAAUUUGCCUUACUUCGAAAGCGCAUUUUGAUAUUUUCUCCGCCACCUGUGGGCGUUGUGUGCUAUAGAGUGUACUGCUGCUGCUGCCUGGCCAACGUGUCGCUGCCCGGCAUCGGGGGCACCGUUCCUGAGUCCAAGCCUUUCUUCUACGUGAAUGUGGCCGACAUCGAGAGCCUGGAGGUAGAGGUGUCCUAUGUGGCCUGCACCACAGAGAAGAUAUUCGAGGAGAAGCGGGAGCUGUACGAUGUCUACGUGGAUAACCAGAAUGUGAAGACGCACCACGACCACCUGCAGCCGCUGCUGAAGAUCAACAGCGCCGACAGGGAGAAGUACCGGCGGCUUAACGAGCAGAGGCAGAUGCUGUUGUAUUCCCAGGAAGUAGAAGAAGAUUACAAUCCCUGUGAAGAGGACCUCUUUGUGUUGUUUUUCCUAGAACAGAACAACCGGAUAUUUCAGACUUUGUUGGAGGUGUCCGCCAGUCAAGACAAAACUCUGACAGCAGAGCAUGCCCGGGGCAUGGGUCUGGACCCCCAAGGGGACCGAAGCUUCCUUAUGGACCUGCUGGAGGCCUAUGGCAUCGAUGUCAUGCUGGUCAUCGACAACCCCUGUUGCCCUUAGGAAGCAUAGCAUAGGACUGGCGAGCCAUUCUCAUGUGGGGCUACAGCAGCCUGGAGUUCACCCCAGGUCCCCAAGGGCCGCAUUUUUUAUUAAGUUGACACAAAGGAAUACUGUUUAUACUUCCCAACAAAUGUAAUUUUUGCAAUUUCUCUUCUUCCCUUUUUCCCUAGAGGUCAGGUGAGAUCGCCUUGGUUUUGUAUCCUACUUCAUUAGGACACAGGAAUCUACCACUUUCUCCCAGAGCUGCUUGUUCUUUGGGUUGGGUCGAAGUAGUUAUUGCUAGAAGCAGACCAAGUUCUGG